AUGGGUCAGACAUGGGAAGACUCUAGGCCUGAAGUAUCUGAUUCUGAAUCAAAUGAUUUGCAAGAAAAAUGGGGUGCAGAUCAGGCAGCAAUUGGCAGAGCUUUUGCUGCACUGUUGCAGCAGGUUUGGCUAACACCUUUGUUCACACAGGAUCAACAAGACCAGAAUUCUCUGACUUUAUCAUGCAUAGAAGAUUUGUCAGCUUUGCUACGAUCUCUCAUGCUUUCUAUUGAUUCAAGCCACUUGAUUCAAGAGCUGAAAGUGUCAUCCCUCUAA